AAUAUGGCAGCUCUGAGAAUAGAAUUUGUAAAAAAUAAGAAAUGCGGGCCAUCGAAGUUUACACAAGAGGCUUGUAAGAAAAAUGAAGACAAAAACAGGCAACAGUCCGGUCCUAUACAAGAAACACUGGAAGACUUCUGGCAUAUGAUCUAUACCGAGAGAAGCGCAGUCAUUGUGAUGUUAUGUGCAUUCAAAGAGGGUGUGCUACAACUGCUUGCGAUUUACAACAUCACUAGUGAUUGUUUAGGCCCUAAUGAAAAAUGUGCACUUUACCACCCGAAAACAACAAACGAAUGCGGAAAGUUUGGUCCUUAUAGAGUAUAUCUGAAAGAGGAAAAAGACAGCCCUAUUACUGGAGUAACUUACAAGAUUCUUUGUGCGAAGAAGAACAGGAGAAACCCGUUUGAAGUUCAUCAUUUGGCGUAUACGGAUUGGCCUGAUCACACUGCUCCCAAUGAUCCAACUUCGAUAGUGGCAAUGAUGAGAUUUGCUCGAAUGUUGGCCAAAGGAAGUACGAUUACAGUGCAUUGCUCUGCGGGGAUUGGUCGUUCUGCUACGUUUGUCGAUUAUGCCAUGCAGCGGAUAAAACAGGAUUCUAAUGUUACCAUGGUUGCUAUUUUGAAGGAAUUGAGAGAACAACGAUACCAAUGCGUUCAGGGCAUCAUUCAAUAUAUUUUCUUACACGAAGGUGCUGUAAGAAAGGACGAACUUCAGUCGUAUUUCAAUGGCUACAGAAGAAUGCUGGCACUUUUCAACAAGAAGAUCGCAGCGAAGAUGAAAGAUAAGGCACAAGGGUAG